ACGACGAAACAAACGGGUGCAGUCAGCAAAAUUCGCAAUCACAAAAAAAGUUCAGACCAGCGCAGCAGUGCAAGUUUAUUGUUUUGUUACGUCGCAAAUUGUAAUCGGUGUAGUUCCCUGGAUUGUUUAAAAGUUCAUUUGUAAACACAACAAUAUUAACUCCUCAAAGGUGCCAUUGCGAUUAACUUCUACGCAGAAGAUUAAAUUUGUAUUCUACGAAAAAAAAAAUUGCCUAGGAAAAAAAGGGGAGCAAUCGUUUUGUUGAGUGAAAGUUGAUAGUGCUGGGAAGAUUCAUCUGCAGCGAGAGGAAAACAGGAAUGCGAAACAAAUGCCAUAAAGAAAAUGAAAGUGCGUCAAGAAUAUGGUGAUUAAUUGAUAGCGAAAAAACUUCCUUCUGUGGUUAUUCAAGCUGUUCCGGAAGAUAAUCGAAUUACCAAGAGUACAAGAGGAGUGCUGGGCAUGUGUACGCCGACGGUAUUGCAGGGUUGUUGUUCCCAAUGGCGUAGCUGGAUCCGACCAUUCCUGGUCGUCGUGUAUGUGCUAUUUGUGAUCAUCGUUGUCCCAUUUCUGAUCGUCCUCUCGGUCAAGGAUGGAUUCACCCGGAAGGACCAGCUCAGCCUCAUCGGUGGGCUGUUCGUCAUUUCGGCCGUACCCAUUUCGAUCUGGCAAAUUACACAACACGUUGUGCAUUUUACGAAACCCAUUUUGCAGAAACACAUCAUCAGAGUUCUUUGGAUGGUACCUAUCUACGCCUUGAAUGCGUGGCUGUGUCUGCUGUUUCCCCAGCAUGCCAUCUACAUGGACAGUAUUCGCGAGUGCUACGAGGCAUACGUGAUCUACAACUUCAUGAAGUACCUGCUCAACUAUCUCAACCUGGAGAUGGACCUGGAGCGAACACUGGAAUACAAACCCCCGGUGAGGCACUUCUUCCCCCUGUGCUGCAUGGCGCCGUGGCCAACCGGGCGUGAUUUUGUCCACAACUGCAAGCACGGCAUCCUCCAGUAUACGGUGGUUCGGCCCAUCACAACGUUUGUGGCUUACAUUUGCGAAGUGAAUGGGGUCUACGGAGAGGGCACCUUCGAGACGGAUGUUGCGUUUCCAUACAUUAUAUUUAUCAACAACUGUUCCCAGUUCAUUGCCAUGUACUGCCUGGUGCUGUUCUACAAGGCCAACAAGGACGAGCUCAAACCGAUGAAGCCGAUUCCGAAGUUCCUCUGCAUCAAGGCGGUGGUGUUCUUUUCGUUUUUCCAAGGGGUACUUAUCAAUUUCCUGGUGUACUUUGGGUUCAUACACAACAUUUUCGUUUCGGAGCAGAACGACGAUCCCAGUCUGCUGUCGUCGAAGUUGCAAAACUUUCUCAUCUGUAUCGAAAUGUUCCUGGCGGCUUUGGCGCAUCACUACAGUUUUUCACACAAACCGUACGAGCUGAACAUUCCUGUGAGUAGUCUUGGAAUCGGAGGUAGCAUCAAUGGUGGCAGCAAUGGGUCGUGGUAUAAUGCCUUGUUGAAUAUGUUGGACAUAUCCGACGUUCAUCAGGAUGUGAGUGAGCAUCUGGGUGUGGUGGGAAGCUCGUUGAGUAGGCGGCUCCGUGGCAGGACAACGUACCAAAUGCCAAGGGGCGGAUCAGGAAGCUGUGAUAACAUGGGAGGUGGAUCCGAGCGGGAGUAUUUGGUGCAACCGGCAGGAAGUUCGAGUAACAUUAGUGGCAAUCACUGCUAUCAGAGUGGAUUGAGCAAUUCCGGUAAUCAGUUAUAUGCGAACAUUCCCAAAUCGGCUCAAAAUCGUUACGGUGCCCUGGAGAAUGGGAUAAGUAUCGUGAGGACAAAGUCUGGAAAAGGAGUGGAAACGCACGAGGGUGCACCGAAGGUGCCGAAUAUUUUCAAUCAGUAUCAAAAUUCGAAGAACCUGAAUCUUGCGUUGGCGAAAAGUCCUAGUUUCGACAAUUUGAAUUCGACCAAGAGCGAAACGACCACUUCGAGUAGUUCGAACCAGAAAGCGUUGGCUACCAAUAGCACUGCCAGUGGGCAAACGACGACGGCCACAACAACGAACAAUACCAACACGACUUCGACGUCGGACUUGCACCUGCGGAAGUCGGAAAGUAGCAACAGCGAUUGGCUCAGCACUCCGGACGAAGACCUGGGUAUCGACGUGAAGGGAAUGAGCAAGGAUCGGAUCAACUACAAUCCCGAUUGGAAGGCGUAAGUUAAACUACAUAAGACGAAUAAUCUCACACUGCGAUCAAGCUUAUCAAGCUUCAUAUAUAGACUAAUUUAUUCGGAUCAUGAUGGUUGCGAAAUUAUGUGUGUGCUUUGUGUAUGCGUGUGUUUGCGUAAAUCUGAUGAAUUGUGUAUUUACAGUUUCCAGUUACUUUUCGUACUGCUAAGUUAUUUAUCAAAAUUUGCGAGAUUUAUUCUCAAAAAAUAAACUCCACAUUUUUUCACAUACCUAUCGUAACAAUAGAUAAAAAAAUGGCUGAAAAUACAGAUUGAGAUUUGUUGAGUACCUUCCGUUUUUGAAUUUGGAUAUCUGCUGUAACAGGGGUUGCAAGCUUGACAAGGAUUUUUUCACUGUAAAAUUUGAAAUUUUAACUAAAUCAUAAUCCUUCGUUUGUGAUAGACUAAUAUUAGUUAAGGCUUGCAUAUCUUCAGCUCACGGUUAAGUAUCUAUACUCGAGUAGAGCUUCGAACUAUUGAAAUUGUAUUAUUAACCAGCCAAAAUGUAUGUCUGAGCUGAAGGGCCCUCUUUGACAUUCAAUGAAAUGAUAUGCAUUAAAUUAAAAUUCAGGUAUUUACGAAGACUCUACUUUAUAAACGCGGUUUGCAGAGAUAGAGAAAGUACUCAUUGGUUCAACCUGAUUAUUUUCCCUUCAUACAUCAAUUUAUUUAGACUUUUGCGUUACCUGUCACGUAAGUUUACAAUAAUUUACAAAUGUUUCAUUUGUAACUAGUGCAAAUUACAAAGCGAAGAAAAUAAUAAAUUCUACAAUACUUAA